CCCCCCCCUCCCUCUCCAUCCGCCUCUCCCACCAUGUUCUUCGAUCUGCUCAACGUCAAGGACGACCCCAAUGCCGAGGUCGUCCCCUUGACGUACCGGCCGCGCGACGAGCUGCCCGCCACCGCCGAGACCCCGGUGACCACGGACCACGAGCAGUUCGACUUCCGGCACUCCGGUGUCCUGCGGCGGGACAUCAUGUCCUCGCGGCUGGAGUCCUUCCAGCAGGAUGAGGACCAGUCUGGCGGAUUCAACGAGCACCGUUCCCCCUGGCAGGGGGUGGUCCUGUUCCAGUACUUCCGGCCGACCAUGUUCGCGGUCUUCGCGGUGGGCUGCGUCUAUGCGGCCGUCCGGUCGGCGGACAUCCGCAAGGCGGCGCGUCUCUUCAACUUCCGUGCGCACCUCUACAACCUCAAGUCCCUGACCGACACGGAGGAGCUCAUCAAGCCCAACAACUGGUUCGAGAAGACCAUGAAUCGCGAGGAGGCCCUCAACAUCAUGAACAUCGAGGGCCGUUACACCCUGAGCGACCUGAACGCCAUCCACCGGAAGCUCAUCACCCAGAACCAUCCGGAUCGCGGUGGCUCGGAGUUCCUGUGUAACAAGAUCAAUGAGGCGCGCGACCUGCUUGAGCGGACCAUGCCCGAGCAGUGAGCAUACCUCGGUGUCGCGCCCGGCCACCCUCUUGCCUCUCGCGCUCCCCUUCCUUCCCCCUUUCCCCUCCUUCUCUGGGUGGUUUGUCUGCCAUGUUUAUUCGUGCCUGCCCUCCCCUCUUCAGAUCCCCUCCUCCCUUUCCUCUGUGAUUGUCGCGCACUGCCCCGGGUCUUGGCCCACACGCCCGUUCGGACAGCUAGAUGCACGCGAAUGUUCGCUGCUCCUCGCCCUCCUUACCCACACUGUCUGUGCGCCCGUGUUCGCCACUCUCCCCCCCGCCCCCCCCCCCCCCCACCCC